AUGAGUUUCAUCAGUUGGAACUGUCGGGGACUGGGACGGUCUCAUGAUCUGACAGUUCAUAGACUCAUGGAAUUACGACGUACGUAUUUCCCUGAGAUCCUUUUUCUGAUGGAAACCAUGAACUCUAGGAAUAAGCUAGUAGAUCUUCAAUCCUGGCUAGGAUAUGAUAGACUUUACACUGUAGACCCUGUAUAUAUUGGUGGUGGUCUCGCCCUUUUUUGGAAGAAUAGUGUUGAUGUAUCUAUCUUGUAUGCUGACAAGAAUCUUUUGGAUGUAAAAGUUAUAUAUGAAGAUAAGAUGUUUCACUUGUCUUGUGUGUAUGGUAAUCCUGAAGUUAGCCUUCGUCAUAUAGUAUGGGAACGUCUCUCUCGUUUUGGGGUAAAUAGGAAGACCAGUUGGUGUAUUUUUGGAGAUUUUAACGAGAUUUUAAACAAUACGGAGAAGAUUGGUGGUCCUAGAAGAAGCGACUCCACUUUCAAUUCCUUCUCAGACAUGCUUGAGGUUUGUGGAAUGUCUGAGCUUCCUAGUACUGGAAAUAGCUUCACUUGGGGUGGUCGUAGGAACAAUCUUUGGAUUCAAUCCUCCAAUCAAGCUUUUCUAGCAAAGCGUGGCUCUGAUCACCGUCCGGUACUAAUAAACUCUUGUCCUCCCAAGACACUUAUCGGGGUUCUUUUCGUUUUGACAAGAGGAUGUUACACAAACCUUUUGUCAAAGAAGCAAUUCUUCAUGCUUGGAACCAGCCGGAUCUGGAACGUGAAGAAUCUUCUUCAAACCCCUCCUCCUCCAAGAUUUUUUCCCUCAAGAAAUCUCUUAUCUCUGCUUAUAGAGAUGAAGAAAAUUUUUGGAAACAAAAAAAACAAAGAUGAUUGGAUCCUUUACGGAGAUGGAAAUACCAAAAUUUUCCACGCGGCAGUCAAAACUUCCAGAGCAAGAAACGACAUUGUCAAACUUAUUGACAAUCAUGGAAUCACCAAUAGAUCGGAAGCUUCAAAGGCUCAGGUAGCUCUUCAAUACUUCAAAGACCUUUUCAACUCUUCAAACUCGGAAGAUUAUUUGUUUUUGCUUAGGGAUCAUCCACCUAAAGUCACAGAAAGUAUGAACCGUCUCCUAAUCAGGGAAGUAUCUCCGGAAGACAUAAAAGAAGCUGUCUUUUCUAUUAAAACAAAUAGUGCUCCGGGAGCUGAUGGUAUGUCCGGUCUUUUCUUUCAGUCUUAUUGGGAUAUAGUUGGUGAUCAGCUAACCAAAGAAAUCCUUAGUUUUUUCGAGACUGGUAUAAUGCCUUCGGAAUGGAACGAUACCCAGCUUUGUCUCAUCCCCAAAAAGAAAAAUGCGACUUUGAUGACUGAUCUCCGGCCCAUCAGCUUAUGUUUAGUGAUGUAUAAAGUCAUUUCCAAGAUUCUCGCCUCAAGACUUAAAUCUAUUUUACCAGAAAUAGUCUCUCCUUCUCAGUCUGCUUUUGUCUCGGAUAGACUAAUCUCGGACAAUAUUAUUUUGGCUCAUGAGUCAAUUCAUAGCCUCAGAACCCAUGAUUUUGUCUCAAGCAAUUUUAUGGCAGCAAAAACUGAUUUGUCAAAAGCUUUUGACAGAGUAGAAUGGAAUUAUCUGAAGGUCAUUCUCUUAUCUCUCGGCUUUCAUCCUAGGUGGGUUGCUUGGAUUAUGGAAUGUGUUUCUACAGUUAAAUAUUCGGUUCUUCUCAAUGGUCAAGCUUAUGGCUUCAUUUCUCCAAACCGUGGUCUGAGACAAGGCGAUCCCAUAUCUCCUUUCCUCUUUGUUCUCUGUGCGGAAGGACUCUCCCAUAUGCUCAACCAAGCUUCUGAUAAUGGUCAGUUAAGUGGUAUUCAAUUCUCUAAUGAUGGCCCUGCAAUUCAUCACUUAUUUUUCGCAGAUGAUAGUCUGUUUCUCUUCAAAGCUAACAUUGAUCAAUGUAAAGUUUUUCAAGAGAUUUUCAAAAAGUAUGAAGAAGCUUCUGGUCAGGUUAUCAAUUUAGCCAAAUCUUCUCUCACCUUUGGCAAGAACGUUGAUCCUCACUUAAAAAGCCAAAUUCAGACUCAGCUUGGAAUUUUUUCAGAAGGUGGAGCUGGUUCCUACCUUGGUCUUCCGGAGUGUUUUAGUGGUUCCAAGGUAGAACUACUUAACUAUAUUUAUGACAAGAUGAAAGGAAGAAUGUCGAGUUGGUAUUCAAAGUUUCUUUCCCAAGCAGGAAAAGAAAUAAUCAUAAAAUCUAUUGCACUUGCAAUGCCUAUUCAUGCGAUGACAUGCUUCCGAUUACCUAAAACCACUUGUAAAAAUCUCACUUCAGCUAUGGCCAGUUUCUGGUGGAGAUCUUCGGAAGAUAAAGCUAAGAUACACUGGUUAAGCUGGGACAAGUUAUGCAUUCCAAAAGAUCGUGGUGGAAUGGGUUUCAAAGAUAUUGAAACUUUCAACCAAGCUCUUCUUGCCAAACAAGCUUGGAGGAUUUUGUCUUCUCCCUCUUCACUUAUCAGCAGGUUUUUAAAGAGUAGAUAUUUUCCUAAUGGCUCUUUCCUCCCUGCCCCUCUUGGAUCUAGACCCUCGUUUGCUUGGAGGAGUAUACUUUUUGGCAGAGAACUUCUUUCUAAAGGUCUGAGGCUUAUGGUUGGGAACGGUUCAUCAAUCUCAGUCUGGUCUUCUCCUUGGCUGGUUGAUGGUGAGCGUAUGCGUAUUCCUUUGAUGAAGAACAUUUUAGUUGAUCUUAAUCUCAGAGUUAAUCAUCUCUUGCUGCCUAACUCUCAUCAUUGGAAUCAAAACUUAUUGGAUGAUCUUUUCUUUCCUCAAGACAAGGAAAUCAUCCAAAAAAUCAAACCAGUUUUAACUUCUCCAGAUUACUUCAUUUGGAAUCAUACUCGCUCAGGAGAAUAUUCGGUUAAAUCAGGCUACUGGUUUGCAGAAAGAGAAGCCAAGAAAGACGCAUUUGUCUCAGGUGGUUUACUUCCUUCCUUAAAUGGUAUCAAAGAUCUUAUUUGGUCCACAGACUCUGCUCCAAAAAUAAGAAUCUUUCUAUGGAAAGUCAUAAGUGGAGCCAUCCCUGUUGCUGAUAAUCUGAUUGAAAGAGGUAUGAAGAUUGAUUCACGUUGUCAGAUUUGUGGCCUAGAAGGAGAAUCUCUAAAUCAUGCUCUCUUUGUCUGUACGGUUGCGAAACAAAUUUGGGCAGAAAGUAACUUUCCUCACCCUGAACUUGGCUUUCACCCUUUCUCUGUCUACUCCAACAUUUUUUAUGUUCUAAAGACAAGAAGGAAUAAUUUAAUCCCAGAGAAAAUCAGAAGAAGUGGACCUUGGAUUAUUUGGUCUAUUUGGAAAAACAGAAACUCCUUCUUGUUUGAAGGAAAUCUUUCCUUGGGUCCACCUUUUAUCAAAGAAAUCUUCGAAGAAGUUGAUCAUUGGUUUAUGAUUAAAAACAUGGAAUUUCAAGAAAAAUCCAUUGAUCUCGCAAGAAAAAAGAAGAUCCUCUUUGGCUGGAAACCUCCUCCUAUAGGUUGGUUAAAGUGUGACAUUGCCUCUUCUUGGGACAAGAUCAAUAAUCAAAGUGGAGCGGCAUGGAUCCUUCGUAAUAGAGAAGGUAAAGUUCUUCUUCAUGGAAGGAACUCUUUUGUAGGCAUAUAUAGUAAGACUGAUGCCUCUUUUGAAAGCUGGAAAUGGGCCAUGGAUUGCUUGAAAACGCUUCACCUUAACGCCAUUGUGUUUGCUAGUGAAGAUAAUGCUUUGAUUGCUGCUAUCUCUAAACCUUCAGCAUGGCCUUCCUUAAAGUUUUAUUCUUCAAAGACCAUAGCCUUGCUCCAUCAAUUUGUGUAUUGGAAUGUUCAAUUUCACACUCCUAAAGACAUUAAAGGAGCUAAGCUUAUUGCUGAUAGUGUGAUCAAAGGGAACCGGUUUCACUCAUACAUUGCUGUUGGAUUUCCCUUAUGGCUUAGACAUUUGUUUAGUUAA